CAAUAAAUUGAUAGGUAUAUUUCGAGUUCAAUUUUAGAAUGAAAAAAAAAUCAAAUUUUUGCCAAGAGCUGCGGGCGGAACACUAGUUUCCGGCACGACGAAAUGGAAGACAACGAGCAACCGUCACAUGAUUCCGCCGCCGCCGCCCUCCAGCAGAAGCACGCAGCGAUGCUGGAGCGUCUGGCGAACCGCCACCAGUCCCGAGCCACGGCAAAGACCGACUCCAACUCAUCUGGAUCCACACAGUCGUUCCUCUCCCAGUUCUCGCAAUCGAAGCACUCAAUCGACGCCCAAAUCUCCAGGAUCCGAACGCAACCCAACCCGCCUGAAAAGGCUGAGCUUGAGGCGAUCUCCCUCGAAAUCUCUGCCCUCGAGAAGCUGGUCGCGGAGCAUUCCUACUUGCUCCCGCCCUACGAAGUCCGCAAUUCCCUCACCGCCAUCACCCAACUCAGGCAAACCCUAGAUGACGCCUCCGCGGCCGUCGCUCCGAAGAAGAAAUUCUCCUUCAAGAAUAAAUCAUCGAAGAAGAGUGCAGCCCCAGCGUCAGAUCAGAAGAGUGAAGUCGUUUCUGAAGUGGAGGGCAAUAAGAUCGUCCCCAAAUUGGGAAAGUUAGGGUUUAUGGAUUCGGGCGGUGCUCCCGGGUUCAGGAACAAGGAUAAAGAGAAAUUGGAGAUGGAAUUCAACAGAGGCGAGGUGGAUGGUCGAAAUGGGGAGUUCACGCUGUCGAAUUUGAGGGAUUGUGAGGUGAGAUUGAAGGGUUGUCUGAGGGCAUUGUUUGUGGAUAAUGUGGUGAACUGUAAGGUCUAUGUUGGGGCGGUGAUGGGUUCGGUUUUGAUCGAGGGAGCGGAAGGGUGUGUAUUCGUGCUGGCCUCGCAUCAGAUUAGGAUUCAUAAUGCUAAGAACUGCAGCUUCUAUCUUCGGGUGAGGAGCAGACCUAUAAUCGAGGACAGUAAUGGCGUUAGGUUCGCGCCGUAUUGCUUGAGUUACAGAGGGAUAGAGGAGGAUCUGGCAGAGGCAAAUCUUGACGAGGAGACUGGGAAUUGGGCGAACGUGGAUGAUUUUCGAUGGUUGAGGGCACUGCAAUCUCCAAAUUGGUCAGUUUUGCCAGAAGAUGAUCGUGUGGGGAUGAUAAACAUUUCCUGAAAAUGUCGGUUAUUCUGCCAGUAAAGAUCAAUAUUUUGAGAAAUAAAUUCAUUUCGAUUUGUCUGCAUUUUGGUGGAUAUAUUGUGUGGAAUUGUGGAUGAGAGUUUGGUGUUUUAGUCACUCCCAUUUAAUUUUAGUAAGUUCUGUGCCAAUUUGAUUUUA